CUAUAAAAAGGGGAGAACUAAAGAGAGAGCACAGAAAGUAAGAUAGGAACAGAUGGGCGUGGUGGUGAUUGACGGAUCGACGGUGAGAGACUUCGUGAACGACGAGACCCAGUUCAAGAAGAGCGUGGACGAGAGUUUCGCGGCUCUGGACCUUAACAAGGACGGUGUCCUCUCUCGCGCGGAACUCCGCAAGGCGUUCGAGACCAUCAGGCUGAUCGAGGCCCACUUCGGCAUCGACGUGGCCACGACGCCGGAGCAGCUCACCAAGCUCUAUGAUUCCAUCUUCGAGAAGUUCGACUGCGAUGGGAGCGGGACAGUGGAUCUGGACGAGUUCAGGGCGGAGAUGAAGAAGAUCAUGCUUGCUAUUGCCGAUGGGCUGGGGUCGUCCCCUAUUCAGAUGGCUCUCGAGGACGACGAUAAUCAGAGUUUGCUUAAAAAGGCUGCGGAUCUCGAGGCUUCUAAGCUAUCAUCCUCCUGAAGAAUCGUCAUGGUUCUAUGUAUGUUUAUAUAUAUUGCUUCUUCUGGAUUAGUACUUAUGAAUAACUACGGUUCUAUGUAUGUAUUGCUCUGCUCCGGUGCUGAAACUCUCUUGAGCGACUAAGUUGGAUAGGGCUGGUUUAAGUAGUUUUUGACAUUAUCUUUUGACAUUAUGUUUUGUAUGCCAAUAUUUUUGUGGUUUAAGCAAUCAGCUCCGAUGAUCUUGCAUCAGUACAAA